AUGGGCAACGACUGGUCUGUCGAGCAGGUGGUAGGAAAAUGGUUCAACUCGUUGGAUAUUCGGACGGAGGAGCUGGUCUGGGCACGAGGCACCAAGGACAUACCGAUCUCGGCGUGCUCGCUACCCUGCCAGCCAGGUAUGAUAAAGAAGCAACAGGGUGACACUUGUUGCUGGGUGUGCGACCAGUGCGAGGAGUACGAGUACGUCUACGACGAGUACACCUGCGUGGAUUGUGGCCCGGGAAAAUGGCCGCACGACGACAAGAGGGGCUGCUACGAGCUCCCAAUCAAUCACAUCAGGUGGGACAGCGCGUUCGCGAUCGCCCCGGCGGUGAUCUCGUGCCUUGGAAUUGUGGCCACUCUCGCGGUCGCGUGUCUACUGUUCCACCAUAGAGACACGCCGGUGGUCAGGGCCUCGGGACGCGAGCUGACGAUCAUUCUGCUGGCCGGAGUGCUCGUCUGUUACUUGAACACGUUCCUGCUGCUGGCAACACCCACCACCGUCACCUGCAUCCUGCAGAGAUUCGGCGUUGGGGUGAGUUUCAGCGCGGUUUACGGGGCACUGUUGACCAAGACGAACCGGAUCGCCAGGAUCUUCGACUCUGCCUCGAGGACGGCUGUUAGGCCAAGGUAUAUCAGUCCUGCGUCUCAAGUCUGCAUCGCGGCCGCCCUGAUCGCGUUGCAGGUGAGAGAAAGAGACGUGCUGCAUGCUCUCUAUGUUUGUCGGCCUGUUGAUUUCGAUUAUCACCGAUUAACACUUUUGACCCUAGUAUGGAUGAUCAUCGAACCACCGGGGACAAGGUUCUCCUAUCCAGACCGGAAGCAGGUGAUCCUCAAGUGCAACAUACAGGACAUGAGUUUCCUCUUCUCUCAGUUGUACAACGCGUUGCUGAUCCUGAUCUCGACGGUGUACGCGGUGAAGACGCGGAAAAUACCGGAGAACUUCAACGAGAGCAAGUUCAUCGGCUUCACCAUGUACACCACCUGCAUCAUCUGGCUGGCGUUCGUGCCGAUUUACUUCGGGACCGGAAACGCCCACGAGACCCAGAUCACCACGCUCUGCGUGGCAAUCAGCCUGAGCGCCACGGUGACGCUCGUUUGCCUGUACUCUCCUAAGGUGUACAUCAUCGUCUUUCAACCGGACAAGAACAUCCGCAGGAAGGUCACCAUGGGUGACAAGUCGAAGAAGCAAGGGAGCAGCGCGGGCACUUCCUCCAUUACCAAA